AUGCGAUACGGUGAUCCGGAAGGGGCCGUGAAUACCUCGCAAGAACAUUAUACACCUUCAUCACGGCCAGCGUUCCUUAGCCAGCCAGUAUAUCAACUUGCUUGUGCAGCAUGCAUCCGACCACUGUGUGUGCGAGCUAUGAAAGCGGUGAUGCUCAGUGAUCACUCCAAGGAACUUUAUUCAACCGAUAUGCCACCAGCUGGCCUGCAACUUGUGAAUGAGGAUCGCCAAGUACGCCAUUGUGCCUGUCGAAUCCGAGAUAGUGCCUGCCUUGGCUGUGGCCAAGUGGUGGGAUAUCAUGUUACACAACCUUGUUCUGGAUGCCUGAACGAUCAGAAUAAUGGCCAUUUUUGGAUGUUUUAUUCUUCAGCAGUCUAUCAUUACAAACGAAAUCGAAUUGGUAAAUAUAUAUAUAUAUCAAUAUAG